AUGAGAACUUCUCUGGUUUUAUUAGCAUGGCUUUACCUGUGGGAAGAAGCAAAAGGCACGCUGAGGACUACAGGGGGAUUAAGCGGAGAAAGAUGGAGCCAGAUGAGAGCGACUGGAGGGCCAGUAAUGCUCAGACGCUCCAAACGAGGGUGGAUGUGGAAUCAGUUCUUCCUGUUGGAGGAAUAUACAGGAAAUGAUGAUCAGUAUGUGGGAAAGCUGCACUCGGAUAAAGACAGAGAAGACGGAAAGGUGAAGUAUGUCCUCUCUGGGGAAGGUGCCGGAACAAUUUUUGUCAUCAAUGAGAAUUCGGGUGAUCUCCACGCCACAAGGAGGCUGGACCGUGAGGAGAAAGCAUCUUACACUCUGAGUGCGAAGGCGGUGGAUAAAGCGACAGGUCGAGACCUCGAGGGUCCAUCAACAUUCACAAUCAAAAUCCACGACAUUAACGAUAACGAGCCAAAGUUCACCCAAGACCCCUACAUCGCCUCUGUAGAGGAAAUGGCCGAUGUCGGUACAUUCGUUGUCCAGGUAACAGCGAUAGAUGCUGAUGAUGCCAUGUAUGGAAACAGUGCCAAAAUUGUGUACAGCAUUCUGCAGGGUCAGCCAUAUUUUGCCAUUGAGCCAGAGACAGGGAUCAUCAGGACGGCUCUGCCUAACAUGAAGCGUGAAAACCGUGAACAUUACCAGGUGGUCAUUCAGGCGAAAGACAUGCUGGGACAGCUGGGUGGUUUGACUGGUACCACCACAGUCAGUAUCACACUGGUUGAUGUCAACAACAGCCCACCCCGAUUCACCCAUGGUGUGUACCACUUCAGUAUUCCUGAGUUGGCUGAAGUGGGUAGUGAGUUGGGCGUGGUCAAGGCUAUAGAUGCUGACACAGGCAAGAAUGCUGAGAUGAUCUACAGAAUCACAGAUGAGCAGGACACAUUUGAAAUCACCACCAACCCCAGUACCCAGGAGGGAGUGCUCAUUCUGAAGAAGCCCCUGGACUAUGAAAGGGAGGUAUCAUACACACUCAGGUUGCAGGUAGAAAACGUGUACCUGGACCCUCGGUUUCACAUGUCCGGGGACUCUGCCAUGGUGAAGAUCUCUGUGGAGGAUGUUGACGAGCCACCGGUCUUUAAGCAUCCUUUCUAUGUGAUGGAGGUCAAAGAAGACACCCAGAUUGGAACAAUUAUUGGGGCUGUUAGUGCUGUGGACCCAGAUGCUAACCAUAAACCUGUCAGGUACAUGAUUGACUGGCACACAGAUAUGGAUCACGUGUUUAACAUCCAUCCCAACAAUGGCUCGCUCUUUAUCUCACGCUCUCUGGACCGAGAGGAGAAAGCCUGGCACAAUAUCUCAGUGCAAGCUGCUGAAUACAAUGGUUUGGUUGGUCAUGUCCCUGUCUACAUCAAAGUUCUGGAUGUUAACGAUAAUGCACCGACCUUUGACACAGCAUAUGAAACUUUCAUCUGUGAAGACGCCAAACUGGGUCAGACAAUCCAAACUGUGAGCGCAUCAGAUGCUGACCAGCCAGUCAGAGGCCAUCAUUUUUUUUUCCACUUAGCAUCAGAGUCUUCUGAAAACUCCAACUUCUCUGUUCGAGACAACAAAGAUAACACAGCCACGAUACUGACUCAGCGCAGCGGCUACAGUCGCAUGGAUAAGAGUUUAUAUCUGGUUCCUGUAGUGAUCGCAGAUGGAGAUUUCCCUGUGCAGAGCAGCACAAAUACGCUAAUGAUACGUGUGUGCUCAUGUGACCGUGACGGAAAUAAGAGGAAAUGCGAGGCGGAGGCGUUUGCACUUAACGCGGGACUUAGCACAGGAGCGCUAGUCGCAAUUCUUCUCUGUAUCAUCAUUUUGCUAAUAAUCGUCGUCUUCUUCACGGCUCUGAAGAGGCAGCGUGAGAAACUCGAUCCUCUGAUCGUCUCCAAAGAGGACGUGAGGGACAAUGUCGUGAGCUACGACGAUGAAGGCGGAGGCGAAGAAGACACCCAAGCAUUCGACAUUGGAACUUUGCGAAAAGUUGAAUCCCUCGAUGAUACCAAGCAACGCAGAGACGUCGCUCCCGAGAUUCUGCGGCACUCAGCACCAAAAAGCCACAACAAGUCAGAACCUGACAUCCGGGACUUCAUCUCUCAGAGACUAAGCGAGAAUGAUUCUGAUCCAGCAGCACCACCGUAUGAUUCACUGGCAACAUACGCAUAUGAAGGAAACGGUUCGACUGCGGAGAGUCUCAGCUCUCUGGAAUCAGUCAGCAGUGAUGCAUGGAGUGAUUACGAGUUUCUGAACGAGUUCGGGCCGAGGUUUAAGAGACUCGCGGAAAUGUACGGAGGAGAGGAUGGUGAGAGAGAGUCAUAA